AUGAGACCACAGGUAGGUUUAAAAAUAUAAGGAAAAUUAAAGCCAUCAGAUAAACAACUAAUAGAAAUUGUGAACUUACAUGGAGGUAUCAAUUGUACCAGUUGGAGUUAAGUGGCUAGAAUCUAUGAAAGUUAAGUGGGAGUAAGAGUGAGAAAAGCUUAUGAAUUAAAGAGACUCUACAUUUCGUUUACUUAAUACGAUGAACAAUUUACAAGAGAAUAAUUGGUGGAGUUAUUUGAAUCUGCAAUAUAAAGUAGAGGUAAUUCCAGAGCAGGUAGUAAGUAAUUUGAAUAAAGAACAGGGAUACAUAUCUAUAUUUCGAGAUAUACAUCAUAUAUUAAAGGAUGGUUAAGAUAAGGGUUGAAAUAUAUGAGAGAUGUAUUUUUGCCAUCUAGAAACAAGUCUUGGGCGUAGACUGAAUUCUAUUCAAAAUGCUAAUACAUACCACCUAGAUCAGCGUUCUAUAUGCUUAAGAUUUUAGAUUGUGAUUUAAAGGACUACUAAGAUGAUUUUAUAAUAAUGGAUUUUUAUAAAUGUGCCAGUGUAUUUUAGUAAUUACUGUACUUGUAUGCUUUGAAUUUUGAUGUAAAAAGCCGGACAGAGGUAUAUGGUUUAUUUAGUCAAAUGAUAACGCGAAGAAUGUACAAGAAGAUUCAUUGUUAUGCACAUUAUUUUGAGGAACUUAGGAAAAUAAAUGUUACUAAGAUUUGUAAAGAUGAAUAACUUACUUAGCAUCCUAUGUUGGCUAGGACAAUAAAGAAGAAUCAGGAAUCCUCUUUAUACAAAUUGCUAUUUCAGGAACAUGACUAUACUGUUAAAUUUAAAUUAUUUAAUGAGUCAAAUGAUUUAGAUUAGAAUCAAUUUAGUGUGUUGUUAAAGCCUUCAAAAGCGAAAGAGCCAUCGAAUGAAUAGGAGACGUUUGUGAUGAAUCUAGUUGAAUUGAAGGAAGAGAACAAAAUAAAGAGUCAGAAGGUUCCGAUGGAGUUCAUAGAAACGAAAAAGAAGGUAAAGCAGAAGAAAUAUUUUCGCGGUCAUUUUAUACGUGAUGGAACUUAUUCGUGUUGCAAUUAAACAACGAAAUAAUUUGAUUAUGAUUAUGAUAUUUGA